CUUGAUCAACGUAAAGAUUUCAAGAUGAACUUUGACGAUUUUGAUAGAAACUUGUAUAUGUGAUGUCGCGAUCUCAAAGUGAAGUUCGCAAUGAUACAUCAAAACUUCUUUUGGAUCCCAUUGAUACAUAUCCGACAAGAUCAUUGACUAUUCAAUCAGAACGUAGUUCUGAACGCAUUCCAUCUAUUAGUUGGUCAGUUCAUCCAACAUCGCCUUUAAGUUCAAAAUCACCAACGGGAACUUUAUCACAUGAAAAUAUGGAUGGAAAUGCUGGAUUUUUUAUGGUUGAAGUUAAAUUAUUAAGUGAUGAAGAGGUUCCAUUACAGUUGGAAGUUACGAAUGAUUGUCUUGGUCGUGUAUUAUUCAAUCAAGUUAUAGAACGAAUAGGUGGAAUUAUUGAAAAAGAUUAUUUUGGUCUACGUUAUCUAGAUCGUUCUAAACAACGACAAUGGCUAGAAAUGUCUAAAACUGUUUAUAAACAAUUAAAAUAUGUUAGUCCAAGAUCAUUGAAUUUUCGUGUUAAACAUUAUCCAAGUGAUCCAGUUAAUGAAUUUCGUCAAGAAAAGAGUCGAUACUUGCUCUAUCUUCAAUUAAGACGGGAUCUUCAUAGUGGUAGAUUGAUUGGAAGAAAUUUAGAAAUGCAUGUACUAGCAGCAUGUAUACUACAAGCUGAAAUUGGAGACUACGAUAUCUUGUUAGAUUAUUUAGGACCUGAAGGUUCAUUAGCUGAUCUUAAAAUGUUUGCUAAUAUUACACCAAAAACAGAAUCAAAAAUUGUAGAGAUUUAUAAAUCAUUCAAAGGUAUGUCAAUGAGUGAUGCUGAGAAUAAAUUUCUUGAAAAUGCUGCAAAAUUUGAAACAUAUGGCAUUGAACCUUUAUAUGUCCAAGAUCGUAAAGGCAAUCACUUUUAUAUGGGAUUAAAUCAUGAAGGUGUCAUUACGUAUAGAGGAAGUAGAAAAGCACAUGUUUUUAGUUGGCAGAAAAUCAAUAAAAUAAGCUAUGAAGGGAAGUUAUUCAUUAUACAAGUGGAAUGGGAACAGCGUCGACAUACACUUGGUUUCAAAUGUCCAACUCCAGAAUCAGCUGAAGCAUUAUGGAAAUGGGCAGUUGAUCGUCAAUGUUUUUUCACCUUAAAUCGAUCGGUUGAUGCCAAAGAAUCCAAAGCUAAUGGUGGUUUAUUUAAACGUCGUCAAUUUUAUACAUUUACGGGAAGAUGCCAAAAGGAGUUAAUGCAGCUUAAUUCUAGUAUGCCUGCUAUACCUCAGCCCAGUGUCUCAAGAAGUAGAAGUUUAUUGAAUUUGGCCAAGAGUGUUCAUGAUAAACGACAUUCACAAAGUCAAAAUGAUUUGGAUCGUAAAUAUGUGGAUAGUAAUGAAAAUCUUCAAGAUAGUUCACGGAUGAAUCGAUUAAUUAAAGGUUUAGAUCAUCACAGAAGUUCUUUAGAAACACGUAGAAACAAUAAUGAAUUAGAUGAUUUAAAUGAUAAUCUUUUCAUGAAUAAACGAUUAACUGAUCAAUUCAAUGGAGGAAUAAAACAACAAUUACCAUUACAAACAUUACAAGAUCAACAACAACAACAACAACGUCAACAUAAAAGUAGUUUAUCUACACCGAAUUUAAUCAAUAUUCCUGGUAUUCAUAAAAAUCCCAAUGAAAUCAAUAAUACUGUUGCUGAGGGUGAUUUAUUAUCUGAUAAAAAGAAAUCUAUCAAUGAAUUAUAUCCAAAUAAAAAUGAUACAAUAAAUGAGACAAUAAAUGAAAAACAACGAAAUAAUAUGAAAACAGAACAAAUGAAUAUAACAAAUAUGAUGAAUUUAAUACAGUCAAAUAUAGAUAAUGAUAAUAAUGAUAAUAUUGAUUCAAUUAGUUCCGGUGUUGAAGCAAAUGCUGAAGCCACAGAGCAACCAUUACAAAUUGAUGUAAAUUUAAACAAUAUGAAUGGUGUUGACGGCGGUGGUGGUGGUGGUGUAAAUGGUUUUUGUACUGGUUCAGUGAAUACAUUAUCUUCAUCACCAUUAAAAUCAGCUGAUGAAGAUGAUGAUGAUGAUGAUGUGAAUGAGAAUAAUGAAUUUGUUAAUGAUGCAUUAAAACAAACUAAUAAUUCAGAUAUGUAUCAAAAAAUGAAAGUUGGUAAUUGGCUUGGAGCGAAUGGAAUAAAAUCUAUCAAGAAUACUGAAGAUGAUACUACUCCAAUUCCUUUAAUCAAUCCAAAAACAGACAAUAAUAAUAAUAAUAAUAGUGAAACAUUGAAUAAUUUAUCCAAUGAACAAUUAAAUACAAAACCAUAUGUAAGUAUAAAUUCGGAAAAUAUUAUCAAAGAUGAUUCGUACAGUCCAAUUUCUACUAUAUCUAUAUUAAAUCCUUAUUCAAAUAAUCUUGAAGAGGCAGAGACUAAAUUUAUUCCUACUAUAAAAAAACCAUCCAUGAAUUUAACUACUACUCAUCAAAUUGAAAGUAAUCCAAUCAAAUCACAAUAUAAACAAACUAUAAUUAAUCCUGAUAAUCAAUAUUCAAUUCAAUCAAUCAAUGAUCAUUCAUCUAUCAUAGAAACUACAAAACAAUCAUCAAUGAAUCGAUCGAAAUCACUAUAUUUUAAUCAAAAUAAAUCCAUAACAACAAUGACGGGAACAAUAACAACUACAACAAGUAUAAAUAGUUUAACAACAACAAUACCACAUAAAUCUCAAACAUUAUCAUAUCAUCGUAUAGAAAAUAUAAAUCCAUCGAAAUCCUCUAUUUAUUAUCCAUAUGCAUGUAAUAUAACUACAAUACCUAAUACAAUAAAUGAUACAUUACCACCACCAUCAUCAUCAUCAUCAUCACCAUUAUAUUCAUCCAAUAAUUAUGAAAUACCAUUAAAUAUUAAAUCUAUGAAACAUUAUACAGAAUCACGUAAAAAUAUUAUUUGUUAUCCUAAAUUAUCUCAGUCAAGUACAAAGGAUCCAUUAUUAUCUAGAAAUACUUCACAACAUAUAUCAAGACAAUUUACAUUGAAUAAAAUGAAAUCAAUUAAAGAUUUAUCCCCACAACCAAGAGAUUGGUAUCAUACAAUAACGAAUCCAAUAGAAGAUAAAACUAAUUAUCAGAAUAAUAUCAAUCCUGAUAUUAAUAAUAUUAUAUUAGAUCCAAUAGAUAAUAAUAUAAAACAAAUAGAUGAUAUGGAUCAUAUAGAUACAACAUUGAAUAAGAAAGAAUCUAUAUCAAAUGAUUUAUUAUAUAAUAAUGGUUAUUAUCCAUUAUCUAAUAAGAAAUUAAAUUAUUCCAAUGUUACCCCUAUGAUUCAUACACAUAGUAAUUAUUAUAAUAAAUCAGAUAGUAUGAUGGCACAAACUUUAUCACCAUUUAAUCAAAAUGUAUUAGAUACAUCUAAUCAUGGAUCAUCAUUAGCUAAAGCAACAAAAUCAAUAAAUUUAAAUCAAAAUAUAUCAUCAUCUAUUAGUACAAGUGAAUUAAUCAAUAAAACACGAUCAUAUCAUGAACCAUUGCAUAAUUCAUUAAAAUAUAAUUCGAUAAUUGAUCAAUCAAUAUUACCAACAUCAUCAAUAUCAUUAUCAUUAUCAACAUCGAAUUCAUUAGCUUAUUUAACACAAUCAUCUAAUAGAAAUUUAUAUCAAACCACUAAUCCUCUAAUUGAUUCAUCUUCUUAUUAUAAUCAAAUAAAUAAUAAUAAUAAUAAUCUAAGAAAAACAACUUAUACUAAUACUACUAAUAUAAAUGUUAAUAGUAGUCAAAUGAAUAGAACAGCUGGUAGUACUGCUGCAUAUCUUGCAGCUACCGGUGUUGGUGCAUAUAAAUUAGGUGAUUCAUUAGCUAUAUUAACAAAUAGAACAGAUCAUUUAAUUGAAUCAACUAUAAAUAAUGAUAAUAAUAAUAAUAAUAAUGAUAAUAUGAUAAGUAAAGAAUAUCCGAAAUCUGUUACAUUUAGUCAAAAUCAUUUAAUCACUAUUGGGAAUAAUGAAAAUAAUAAAAAACUAGAAUCUCAAACAAAGACAUCUAGUCAUUAUUCAAUCAAGCAAACUUCUUCUUAUACCCCAUCAAUACCACCAAAACCAAGUUAUAUACAAUCAAUUAAUAAUCAAUCAAGAAUAAUUAAUCAAUCUAGAGAAAAUAACAAUAUUACUACUACUACUACCACUACUACUACUAUGACUACUACAACUACUAAUGAUAAUAAUGUUAAUGAUGCUGAAGAGGAAAUAAUUUCAAGUAGAACAUUUUCACGAAGUGGAGAGAUCAAUUCCACAAUACCAACAUUUGAAGAUCAUGCUAUUAGAUCUAUGAAACGUGUUACAGAUAAAGUACAACAAAUUAUGAAUAUUGAUCAAUUAGAUAAUCAAGUUAUAAAUUCAAUUGAUUCUAUUAAAUUAUUACCUCCAUUAGCUAAUAAAAUCAAUAUCAAUAAUCAAUUAAAUUCUAUUAAUACAUCAUCUCAAUCAUCUGUAACUAAUUCAAAUCAUAAUGAUUCUAAUGAUUUGUCAAAUACACAAUUAUUUUCAUGUUUACAACAAAUUUUUUAUUAUUUUAUUGUAGCUUUUAUUGUUUAUAAAUUAUUAAUUUGGUUCAAUUUAAAACCAACUUUUGGUUAA